GAGAAGGUAACUGUUACCAGAGAGAGUCAGAUGAGAGACAGCCAGCAGCUCUGUCUGCACAGUACCGUUUACAGCUGAGAUAACUUCAACCAGGCAGGCAGGUGGUCUCAUGAAGGUUAACGACGGAGCUUCAGACAGCCAGAGGAUAUUUCUCGUGACCCAGACAAAGGAGCUGAUAGAGUUGGAGCUCCCUUUUUUUUGCCAUUCUUCAUUGCGAGCACGUGUUAUGGAAGGAGGGGCCUUAAACUGAAGGAGUCCAAACCAGGCAGCCCAGAAUAACCCAAACCUCGAUUAUCUCUUCUGAAUGAAUCUUCUCUUCUCAACUGGAUGAAAUGCCUUGACCGAACCCCCGCCAUACCAUGGCAGGUGUAAUCUCCUCUGUGGGUUUGGUGGUGAUGCUCAAGGCUCUUAUGCAUGCCCGUGGCCCGCAUGCAGUGUUUCUGGGGAUGACGUUUUUGGUAACGGUGAUCGCAGCUGACUCACCUGUUGCAGAUGAGUCUCCGUUGGUCUCCACACACCACCCCAUGGGAUUUCCCGGACAUGUUCCAAGUUCGACAGGGUUCAAACCAUCAGCCUUACCAGCCUCAUAUUAUACUGCCUUUGAGAGCCCGGACUCACGUGGUGCCCUGCCAUCCAUUUCUGAACCAAACCCUGAAGUUAGGACUGCCGGCAUCACGCGUUUUCAGUGGGGACGUGUUGCUUCGGAAAACUCCAAAUCCUUCACAGCAAGUGACCUCCUUGCAGAAGGGCCACAUCCUCUUUCCCCUCCACCAUUAAGCCCCUCCGAACCUGUAUUGGGGUCUAGUCCACAAUUAGAGGUACCAGCUAAACUCUUCGUGGACUGGAAGCUGGCCAGGACAAAGUCUGCCAAGCAAUCUUCCUCUCUCUCUCCAACUCCUACAAGAUCUCAGUCAAAUAUAUCCGUAACAUCAUUAAGCCCCUCUGCUUUUACAGGGUCAACAACACCUCAGCUAGGUCUUCAUUCUGAGCAGAAAACUUUCGACACGCAGCAGGAUGGUGCAUCAGAGCAAACUGUGUCAAUCAUGACCUCAUUUCCUGCUCAGCCUCUUGAGCCCCCUAAACUGGCUUUCACUGACCCCAUGGCAGAUGAAUCGUAUAGUAAAAUCCAGGAUGUGAACCAGCUGAGCCCCAGCAGUGCCCCCUUGGAGGAGAACAAACCAGCACGUGACAUAAACAUGCUACCCAACCCAGAUGAGAUUCUGGCCCCUGGCUACAAUGUGCCUUUCAUCGCCCCCGACCUUACAUCACCUUCAUCUGAACCCACCGAGGUCUCUCCAGAGGACUUCUACCCCACCAACACCAUGGAAUUGGACUGGGGGUCUGGGGACUACUUGGAGACAAUGUCCUUCUUAAAUGCAGACGGAGAGGACUAUUCUAUGGUCACCAAGGUGCCCUCUGACUCGUACGAUAUGGAGGACUACACCGAAACCUAUGACACAUCCUUCCCUUCCAGAGUUGGGAUAUCCCCUUCGUCCUUGCAUCCUCUUCAGGUCUCACCUUCUCCCAGCUUCACGACAGCAGCUUUGUCCUCCACAGUUCACUAUACACUGGACCCUACUCCCACAGCUAACAGCGAUAUACCCGACACAUCAGACAUAGAUUGGCCCGAUACUUUCACAAUCCAACCGACAGAUGUUCUCUUACCGGACAUGAACAGCUUGGAGUAUUACACCACUCAGUUGACCAAGGAGAACAACAGUUCAGACACUGGAGCUGAACACAGAGGGAACGUGACCAUGGUGUCCAUCAGUGCUACAGACCUCACGCCCACAAGCAGCUUCACCAACGAUACUAAGUUGACUGAGGAUGAGUCCUCCAGUGAUAUGUCAGGGUUUGAGCUUCAAGAUGAAUCAACCCCAGUAGUAACCACAGAGGAGAGUCCUCAGCUGGUCAGUGCCUCUGAGCCUUUUCUGGAUCCUUCCAUAGUCCCAACACACUUUUUUGAUCCCUCUUCUUCUAUCUGGGGUGGUCAGGUGUCCACCACAGAUUGGUCUUCACAUACUCUAACUUUUGGCCUGGACAGCACUGUGGUAACAGAAGCUAUGCUACCCAGUGCCACGCCUUUGCUGCCAGAUGAUGCGAUGUCGUCCUCCUCUCUGACAGAUGUCCAUUGGUUUGUCACAGAGUCAGUCCCAUCAAGUACCGUACACACCACUCCUGUUUUAACUGCAUCCACAGCCUUCUCCCCUGUUCCCACUGAACCUGCUGCCAACACUACGGCUGGUACAACAGAAUUAACUCCCCAAGACUCUACUUUCACAACUGAACAAACUCUCACUUUAGUUUCAACUGAGCCCACAUCUAACGUCUCUUUGGUCCCUCCAGCUGUGUUGGGUGAUCAGGGGGUGACUGAAGAUGGAGUUGACAUCCCAGCCACAAUGACCUUGAUCCCAACUAGCAGUGAAGCUAAUACCGUCUCUGCAGUACCCACAACCAAAGCUGCCACCACUACUUAUCAUCAAGCCACAACUAGAACUACUGCCACCACUGAAGCCUCAACUAGUGUCAACAUCAUCUCUACCACCAGUGGACGGACCACGGCUACAGCACCAACAUCAAGACCGUACCUCUGCAGCCUUGACAGGCCUACUUAUUUAGUAAAAAUUGGUUUUUCUUCCGGGGCCACUGUUGGAUAUGCCAAAUCUCAAGUGAGAGACAUACUGAAAGGGGAAUUCAACAAGUCUGUGGAGCUGCAGGUUGUGGACCCCCCACCAAAGUUUGUCUUUCGGGUGGUGUCUGGUCCGGUCGUGUACACAGCCAUAUCUGUCAUCAAUGCUCUACGAAGGUCUGGGCGCCGCUUCCUGUCUGUGUCUCCCAACUGGACAACACCAGACCAUAAAUAUCAAGUCCACACAGUGCUGCAGUUUGUUCCCAGUCACAUAGAUGUGCGGUUCUGCAACUUCAGCGAGAGCAUUGAGAAAGGUUUGACCAUGGCCUUUGCUGAAGUGCGUCGGCGCUCGAAGGAGUCAACCAACUUCACAGUGCAUAUUUUAAACAUCACCAUGGCUGCUCCUAAAUAUCAGGAACAACGGCUAGUGAGGCAACCGGUGGACAUGACCUUCACUGUGCGCGGUUCAAGGGGCUAUCUGGUGGGGUCAGAGGUCAGCAAUGCUCUGAUGAAGCUCACAAUGGUGGAAUUCAGCUACUACAUGGGCUUUCCUGUACUGCAGAUUGCUGAGCCUUUCCAUUAUCCAGAGUUGAACACCAGCCAGUUGCUUCGCUCCUCCUGGGUUAGAACAGUGCUCCUGGGUGUGCUGGACCAGAAAGUGGGUGAGAGGACCUUCCAAGCCAACAUGGAGCGCCGGGUGGCCAUGUUACUCGGGGAGGCGACGGGAUUAAUGCGACGUGUCAAGAGAUCCACCCUUAUAGGCAACAGCACUGUUCAGGUUGUAAGUGCGAGCCGGCUGGUGGGUGCGGACCAUCCCUUGGAGAUAGUGUAUUUUGUGGAGGGUCCCAGUGGUCAGAGGAUGCCUGCAGUUGAAACAGCCGACCUGCUCAACAGCCUGGACGUCCAAAGGGCUGCCAUCGUCUUGGGAUAUCGCGUCCAGGGCGUUUUGGCACAGCCUGUAGAGAAGGUGGCGUCCUCACCCUCCGACGCUGAGAACACCAACACGUGGAUCGUCAUUGGGGUCGUGAUUCCCCUCCUCGUGGUCAUCGUCAUCAUCUCCAUCCUGUACUGGAAACUGUGUCGGACAGACAAGCUGGAGUUCCAGCCAGACGCCAUGACCGCCAUCCAGCAGAGACAGAAGUCUACUACCUCAUUCAGAGAAUCAAGGGCCUCUCUUCUCCAGAAACACCCUCGGACCAAAAAAGAUAUAGAGUUUAGUGAGGAGGAAGAGGGAGAGUAUGAGGAAGAAGAAGAGGAGUAUGAAGAAGAAGAGGAGGAGAAGGAGGUUAAAAGAGGGAAGACACCAGUGGCUCUUCCCAAGAGAAAACAGACUAUGAGCAGUGAGGAGGAAGAAGAAGAGGAGGACGAAGAGGAAGAAGAAGAAGAGGAGGAAGAAGAAGAGGAGGAAGAUGAAGAGGAGGAGGAAGACGAGGAAAUGGAGAAAUUUAAAAAGAAAGGAGUUAAACCAGAAGAGCGAAGAAGACAAGAGAGCAAAGCAAUGGUGAUGAAAACGGGGGGGAUGAAGAAAGAAGACAAAAUGAAAGGGUUAACUAAAGGGAGGAGAGCCAAGGACGAGUUGCAGGCUCCCAGUGUGAAAGGCUUUGACUUUGCCAAGCUGCACCUUGGCCAGCAGAGUAAGGAUGAUGUCAUGGUGAUCCAGGAGUCUGUCCCGCCAGGGCCCGGCCCCGGGCCCCUCCCCCUGUCCCUUAAAGAUGGCCUCAGUCCAUCUGAGAACGGGGAGAUCCCCACACCCAUAUCCAAAUCCUCAACUAAGGCGUCCCGCAGCGGUCGAAGGCGAGGAAGGAUCUCGCCGUCUGACGGCGACUCUGUGGUAAGUGACCGUUCCAGCGAGCGGGAAUCAACCGAGGAGAACCUGAGAGCCCACGCCACGCCCAACGACAGCAAGCAGACCCGUAAGGUCCCCAUCAAUGUUUUAAACGGUCCUCCUCCUAUAAACGGUACAAACGAGCAGCUGUCCUCAGCCUCCAUCUUUGAACACGUUGAUCGGAUGUCUCGCGCCACAGAUGCAAGCAGGAGACUCCCCAACAAAAUCCAGCUUAUCGCCAUGCAGCCCAUGCCGGUCCCACCACUGCACAGUCCACCCAUCAAUGGCAAACUGUCCGACACCAACCAAAUCAACAAAGAGAUCCAGGUAGCAUUGAGGCACAAGUCAGAGAUUGAGCACCACCGUAACAAGAUACGUCUGCGUGCCAAGAGGAAGGGCCACUACGACUUCCCUACCAUGGAUGACAGUGGCCUCGGAGAUGCGAAGGACCAGGAUCGCAUCUAUCAGAAAGCACAGACACAGAUCGAUAAGAUCCUGGACCCGGAUGCCCAGAUGCCCUCCAUCUUCAUGGAAUCCAAGAAGAGUGGUCGAGGUAGGCGCUCCCCCAAAAUGAGGAUGAAGUCGCAGCUGAAUGGAGGCAUGAUGGAGGCAGACAAAGACCACCUCAUCACUGAAGACUGCGAUGCGGUUUACAGAAAGUGUCCUGGAGUCAACAAUGUGGCCUACGUGUCGGACCCCGACCAAGGCCCAGGAUCCCCUCACAGGAGCCCCUCCCCCACCGACGACGUCUUCCUGGGUCCUGCUUCCUCUCCUCCAGGCCAUGCCCCUCCCCCACCACCCUACAUGCCUCCACAGCCCUCCAUUGAGGAGGCGCGGCAGCAGAUGCACUCCCUGCUGGACGAUGCCUUUGCCCUAGUGUCGCCCACCUCUCAGGGCAGCACAGCAGGGAUCACUCUCCCUGGGGUCAACACCAACCCCCCUCUCUCCAGCCCUCCAGGCCGUGGCCCCAGACCUUGGGGUCCCUCCUACCAAGCUCUUGGCCCUUUCCCUGGUAGGUUCACUGAUCUGAACAUUUCCCCUCCUCCUAUCCAAGGCCUGACACCAAGACAGGGCCUUGGCUCGAGCUACCUGCCACCAGGAGAAACAGCAGGGCAAUGUGACCAGCUCCAGCCAGACAGCCUGUACUCCAGCAGGGGCCUCUACGCUGAUGAGCUGCCCUCAUCUGCCAGACCGCGACCAGUAGGGGGAACUACAGGCACCCAGCUCCAUCAUCUUACACAGGUGGGACUGGCCAGUCGGAUGAAUGGUUACCCAGCAGGGGUCAGGGCUCCUCCAGGGCAGAACGGAGGCAUUGGCUGGAACCACUACCACGGUGACAACUUCUCCAGGGCAGAGCCUGAAAAAGAUGCAUUCCUGGACUGUCCUGACUACACGUCCUCCUCUGUCUUCCAGACGCCCAGAAGUGGCAUCAGGGAGCCUUCGGCACCCCCUGUCCACCUCGACGCCCCGGGGGUGGGCUAUCUGUCAGCCCCGCCUCCCCUGGAUACAUCUCCUCCCACUCACUCCUCUGCCUCCCUGAUCAAGGCCAUCAGGGAGGAGCUGUUGCGUCUCUCCCAGAAACAGGCGGCUGUGCCCAGCUACCACAGCUGAAGCCCCGGGCCCCUGUAGCUCUAACCAGUCAUGCCACUGACCCUGCCUGCCUGCUUCGCCUAAUCCGACAAUACUUCCCGUGGAAGUCCCCGUGGGUGUACAGCAGAGAGAUAGUCCUGCUAAACUGAAGUGAAGAGGUGUCUAAUAGAGAUUUUCUAACUGAAGGACUGAACGAAAGGAUUGUUGAUACAGCUCCUAGACUAUUCAGAGACUGAUCGACCGCAGUAUGUCAAAUCAGAGACAGUGUUACGAAAAGAAGAACAAUAUGAACAGUACAUGCUGGACCUUUUAAAAUGACAUGACGUGACAUGUGUCUGUGUCCUGCACUUCAUUCAUUGUGGAUCAGGGAGUGAUCACGCCAAGUCCUGGCCACUGUGGAUCCACAUCCUGGACUUCUUUGAGAUUUUGCUGCAUUUCUUCAGACUCAGUAUUUCUGUGUCGUGGUUUCAUUCUCAUGCUGCCUUCACUAAACAGGAAAACCCCCUAAGACACAUGUCUUUUUUUAUUACAUUACUUAAACUACCAUACAGGUAUUAGUUGUUUUUCCAAUGCAGGCCCUUAACCUCUUUCUCACCAUCAGGUGCUACUUCAUGUUCUCUGCCACGAUGAGCCAUGCUAUGCCUUGACACUGUGAUGUAGUUCACCUGACCCAGUUUACUGUACACGCCUACAGUAAGGUCAAAGUUCACAGCCAGCGAGCCAGUUCAGGCACUAGAAACAAAGCGGCAGCCAUAGAGACUAACAACGCUCAUUUACACUACCUAGUCUUUCCGUACUUACUGCAGUAGCACAGCUACUCUGAGUUGAGAUUUUUUUUACUUACACUACAUACUUGUUUUUUGUGGACAACUUCAUGUCCCAUGUUUUUAUUUAUGUUUAGUAGCUAACAGACAGCUAGACAAAGAUGAAAAAAAAAAUGGCCUUGAAAUCACAUUAAUCUUCAAACAUGACUUCAGAGGCACACACUCGUGCUACAAAUGAAGACUUUCAGUAUGUACUUGACAAUAAUGGUGUAUUGUAUUCGGUUGUAGUUUGAUGCACUGUACGCAGACUACUUGGUACAGCUCAGGUCGCUCAAAAAGAGAUUCCUCGCGGACAAAUCAGUGAUAAGAUGAAGAAGAAGUGUAAGUGAACUGUUAAUGAGGGAAAGUCACAGAGACCAGUAUUGUUUUUUUUAACAUUAACCUGUAUUUCCUACGUACUGAACCACCAUCUCUGUUUCAUGCAGUAUUCAACGUUUGCUUUGCCUUUUUGUUAGCCCAUGAAGGAGGAAAAAAAGUGUACUGUAUUUGUUGUCAUUUAUGGUUUACUUCAACCAGUCUUUGGAUUUACAUUGCCUCAUGUAAUUUUGUUCACCUUUUAGUCAUCAUACUGGUUGGAAAUCAUUCUAGGUUACAUGACAUGUUGUGAUGUUUUGGGGCCUGAAGUGAUAUUUUAUUUAAAUGAAAUAAAAGAGAAAAUUAUGGAUUUUAAAAAGCAAGGCUUGAGAAUAUGUUUCAGUGGAUUAUAAACCUUUUGGCAGUGAGUUAAAACAUUCUACAGAUGUUACCAGUGCAUCCCAUUUUUUUUUGUUUGCAAUGUGAUGUGCCUUUGGGACUUCACCUGAACAGAUUAUGUACUCAAGAGUGACAGAAGUUUUCUUUGUGUUCUGUUUUACUGUCAUUCGUUCUGUCACAUAAUUAUCGAAGGUUGUGAUUACCAGCUUAAAUUACAACAAUAAUUAGUUUACCGGGAUGAAAUUUCAUCCAGUUGAUCAAACAUUGUCAUUGUAUGGAGUCUCCUUUGAUAUGCAGGGAGAUGAGUCAGCGUCUGGUUUUACAUUUCACCUCCUAUGUUCAUGUUCUGUGUUACCGAUCUCACACUGUAUGCCUCCAUCUGCUGGUUCUGUACUGUAACAACAGACCAUCAAAAUCAACCUGUGUUCAUCUCCACUUCCUUUUUAUAAUUAUUAUUUUUUUGGUGUUGUUGAUUUUUUUUUUCAUCCAUUUCUACAUCUUGUAUUUUGUGAAAAUGAUCCGUUGGCUGGUCCAACUUUACGUUUGAUUGAUGUUGCAUGUUUAAUUACUGUGUUUCUUUUUUGUUUGUUUUUUGCGCAUGCUGUUCCAAAAUUCUUGAAAUACAAAAGAAACUGUCA